GGAGGAAGGAAAGAGAGAGGGAGAGAGAUAGGGAGCGAGGGAGAGGGAGAGAGACGUCCCAGCUGCAUGCGAUCAGCUCCCCCAGACCAGCAGCGGCACACAGAGCCCACAGACACGCUCGCCCCUAUAACCCAAAACUGCGCCCAAACCCACGAAGAGAAGGAUCUGCAGCUUCUUCCUCACCCCCCCUCCCCCCCAUCAGCCCUCACACUGCACCCCGACACCCCAGCACCCAACAGGAGGAGCGGGACCCCAGCGAGAGACAGAGAGAGAGAAGAGCAGAAGAAGGGAAGACAGAUUGGACACACAAAUGAGUAUCAGCAGGGGAGGCACUAUGGAAAGGAUCGGAACUCUGGAAAGGGGUGGGACCAUGGAAAGGGGCGGGGCCAUGGAAAGGGGCGGGACUCUGGAGAGGGGCCCCGCUCAGCCUCAGCUCUCGGGGGAGGGGAACGAGGCGAGCCCGAACCACGCCCACCUGCAGCACACGAACUCGGCCGCGUCCACGGCGACGCCGGCGGGGGGGGCGGGAGCGGUGGUGCCCCCACCAUACUCGGCCGCGGGGGGGGCGGAGCCGGCUGCGGAGCUGCGCAGCUCGCUGGACUGCUGGGCGUGCUCGGUGCUGGUGACUGCGCAGAACAUGGUCAUCGCCUCCCUCAACCUGGCCCUGGCAGCUGCCAUCUUCUGCCUCAUACUCACACCCGCCAUCCUCAUGGUCACCUUUGGCUUCCUCUGCCACUCCACGGUACGCCCCCAUGGAACGGCGGAGCUGUGCUCAGACCUGCUGAGCGAUGGCGGGUGUGUGGCGCUGCUGGUGGUGGGCUUCCUGCUGGUCACGCCCCUGCUGGUGCUGGCACUGGCCGCAUACUGCCGCCUGGCCCGCCACCUGCAGCUGGGCCUCUGCUUCAUCCCCUACAGCCGCGCCGUCUACAAGAACCUGCCCGCCGCCCGCCACCGCGGCCUGCCCUGCUGCAGCCAGGGGGCGCCAGAGAGCGCCGGCAAGGGCAGCGUCUGGGUCUGAGAGAGAAGGGGGGUAGGGGUGCGUGCUUGUGUGUGUGUGAGAGAGAAUGUGUGUGUGUGUGCGCGUGUGUGUGUGCGUGCGCGUAUGUGUGAGAGUGUGUGUGUGUGUGUGUGUGUGU